AUGAGUGUUCGUCGGUUUGUUCAUCUGGUGCUGGAGGAGUUCGCCCCACGCCGCAGCAACUACACGCUGCGGAACAUAGACAUGGACCGCUUCUUCCUCCCACGUCCAUCUCCGGUGCCAUCCGCCGCCGCCGCCGCCGACGCGGUGGAGUACGGCAGCCUGCCAUGCCCGGCCAUGACCUUCUACCCUCCCUCCUCCAGCUUGUCCGGGAACCAGAACAUGGAGUUCUUCCUCCUUGGAGGCAACCACAACAUGGUGGUCGCCGCCGACCAGAGCUGCCGCACCGUCCUCUACGACCCCGGCGAGCACGCCGUCCGCACCAUGCCCGCCCUCCCCUACCAGGUGACAUUGCCUGCCACCUCUGUCACCGUCGGCGACGACCUCUACAUCCUCGAUGUCGACGACGGUGGAAGCUUCCAUGGGCUCAUCUAUGAGGAUGGAUUGAACGAGGAUUGGCGCUGCUGCGCGCUCCCGCCGCCGCCGCUGUCCGACUUCGAAGUCGACUCCUACGCUGUGAUCGGUGGCACGGACAUCUGGUUAUCCACGCACGACAAUGGCGGCAUCUACUGCUUCGACACGGUGCGCCAUGCGUGGAGCACAGUGGCCACAAGAUGGACGCUGCCAUUUGUUGGUCUCGCCGAGUAUUGCCAUGAGCACGGCCUUUGGUUUGGCCUCUCACACAGCACCAGAGACAGGAGGAAGAGGAGCUUGGUGCUCUCCGCUCUGGACCUUGAUGGCGGCGAGCUGCCGCUGCUUCGCAGCUUUCCUAUGGAGUUCACACCGCCAGACGCCCUCAAUCUUGUCAGCUCGGACCUCGUGAACCUGGGCUCCGGCAAGUUCUGCAUUGCCAGGUUCUUCCGCACCGAUGAGGAUCAUCGCGAUGGCGAGGAGCUGUUCGCUGUGUUAACCGCCGUCGAGGUGGAGCGCUGCGAUGACGAUGAGGAUGAUGCUGGUGGUGGUGCCAAUGGUGGAGGGCUCCGCAUGCUGAAGCACAGGUCUGAGAUGUACAAGCUCACCAGCGAAAUGAUGUAUUGGGUGCUUUAG